AUGGACGCCGUGGGACAGUUCCGAUGUCCUCGCCAAUAUUUUGGUCGUGGAGCGGUUCGGACCAUCGAGGUGCACGUGUUCGUGGAUGCAAGUCAAUCUGCUUUCGCGGCGGUGGCCUAUUGGAGGGUCACGUACGAGGAUGGAAACGUGCUGGUUAGCUUCGUGUGGGCAAACACGAAGUGCGCACCCAUGAGAACGAUGUCGAUCCCAAGGCUAGAGCUGCAGGCAGCGGUUCUUGGAACCAGACUGAUGAACACUGUCAGGGAGGAGCACAGUGUGGACACCAGCGAGACGGUGUUAUGGACGGACUCAAAAACGGUGCUGAGAUGGAUCGGCAGCACCCACCGCCGGUACAAGCAGUUUGUUGGCAACCGAGUGGCGGAGAUUUUGGAGUCGUCGAAGGUUUCCCAGUGGCGAUGGGUACCUACAGCUGACAACGCAGCGGAUGAUGCGACGCGGUCGCAGAAUAAGGCGGACCUUGGCCCGGAAUUACGGUGGCUAAGGGGACCCGCAUUUUUGAGGCAGCCUGAGAGCGGCUGGCCGGCGCCUGAGGAGGGAACUAAGCGUGUUCCAGAUGCGCCUGAUGAAGAGGAGAUGCCCAGUGAGUUUGCAUUGGUGGCCACAAAUGAAUUUGUCAUUCCGUUUCAGAAAUACUCGAGCUUCAGUCGCCUGAGAAGCGAGCUCGAGGAGUACGGACUCACUGCAACGGAGUGUGAGGCCGCGGAGAGCCUGUUAGCCAGACAGGCCCAAUUGGAGUCGUUCCCCGACGAGAUGAGGUCGGCGGAAUGCGGAAAGAACGUCGCCAGGUCGAGUGAGAUUCGAGGUCUGGCGCCUUACGUGGAUGAACACGGAGUUCUGCGAACUUAUGGAAGAGUUGAUGCCGCGCUGUGCAUGCCGUACAGUGCGAGGAGGCCCGUAAUACUGUCACACAGGCACAGUCUUACGGAAUUAAUUGUGAGGCAUUUUCACGCCAAAAUGAAGCAUCAAAAUGUGGAUGCGACGAUUGCUCAGAUCCGGACGAGAUUCUGGGUAACGAGGAUGAGACGAGUGAUGAAGGAAGUAAUCUCGUCGUGCAACGAGUGUAAGUUGCAGCGCACGCGGCCGAUGCCGCCGAUAAUGGGACCCCUUCCAGAGGAUCGAUUGGAAGCAGGGGGUUGUCCAUUCAAGUACACCGGAUUGGACUACUUUGGGCCACUGCUGGUGACUGUAUCCCGCAGAGAGAAACGUUGGGUCGCCUUGUUUACGUGCCUGACGACAAGGGCGAUUCAUCUGGAGCUGGCGCAUGACCUGUCAACGGAUUCCUGCAUAAUAGCGAUCAGGAACUUCGUCUGCCGUAGAGGACCAGUACAGAGGCUGCGGAGUGAUAACGGCAAGAACUUUGUGGGAGCUGACAGGGAGGCCAGACGAUGCGGACCAAGAGGCGCCGUUGACGCCAAACGACCUGCUCAAGGGAGCAGCUAA